GUUUGUUCAGUCAGCGUGGCGAUCGGCGGAGGAUGCGGGUUGGUGAUGUGGUAGAGCUGAUACAACAAGGCGUCGUUUGAUGUUGCAGCGUCUGUGCUGCUCGCCGUUAGGUAUGCUUGCAUGUGACGUUGUAACGAGUGGUUUGCGCAGUGCCCUCCACACUGAUCCGAUCACGCUGGCAAACUGCAACUGCUUUUGAUCAGCUUGCGGACCGCUAUUCCUCUACUACACCUCCCCGGCACAGUUUACAGUUUACGCCACCUCUUGCCCCAUUCUGCGCGAUGGCCUCCGCCAUGUCCAUGCCGAUGCAGCGCGCCGUCCGUUUUUGCGUCAAGAACACCUUCAUCGAUGACAUCGACGCAGGCGUCGGUGAGGAGCAGCCGCCCUUCCUGCCGCGGAGCCGCACGGAGCCGCUCCCACAGAGUGCCCCCAGCGACUGCGAAGAGCCCUCUGGUGCGGACUCCGAGGGCGACGAGUCCCCGAACAGCGCAGGGAACGGCCCGGAGACGCCCCGCAGACGGCCAGUGGCCCGGGAGUCGGGCGCUCUGGCGCGCCCUGGAGCUGCGGCCUGUCCUGCUCCAGUGAAGCGCACCGCCAGCCUCCGCGCGAAGGACACCGUCGUCGACGUCGACGACGCAGAGGAGGACGACGAGGGGGCGCAGCUGCCCUUUCCGCCGCGGAGCCGCACGGAGCCCGUCGCGCGGCUGGUCUCGCUGGAGAGCACGGACUGCGGCGACGACCUCCGCAGCGACUCGGGGAGCGACGAGGGGGGAUCCGACUGCACCCGCGAGGACCACUGCGAGUACCCCGCCCACACGCCGUUCGCUGCGGCCACGCCCACGCCCUGGCCCGACACCAGGGAGGCCCAGCAGCUGCGCUUCUUCCCCUCGCCGGCGCCCCCGCGGGCGCCGCCGCCCGACGCCCCCGCGGACCCGCGCGCGGCGCCGCGCCGCGCGCCGCCGCGGGCCCUCGCCGCCCCCGGCGCGCUGGCGAUCAGCGCGCGGGACAGGAGCCUGGCCGUCAGCCGGGCGGGCGGCGCCUGCCGCGUGCAGUGGAGCGUGGACGCGAAGAAGCUGCGGGGCUCGGACAAGCAGGCGGUCUCCCCGCCGCUGGAGCUCUCCCUGCGCCCGGGCGCGCCGCCCGCCACCUUCAAGCUGCUGCUCUGCCCGAGCGGCGGGGACUCCUUCCGGAAGGCGGGGGGCGUGGGCCAGG